AUGAUUUUGUUUGCAGCCAAGGAUUUGGACCGGCAUUAUCUGCUCUCAGGUGAUACCGAUGGAAUCAUCAUUAUUUGGGAACUUUCUACUGUCAAUAACAAUUGGAGACAUGUACUGCAACUACCACAGUCUCACAAGAAAGGUGUAACUUGCAUCACUGCUUAUCUGGUUUCUGAAACCGAUGCAAUGUUUGCUUCAGAUGGAGUUGUGAACCUCUGGGAAGUUUCUUUUCCGUCUCAGUCUAGUGAAGAAACCACCAGUAGUAUCAUGCUUGUGAGUUCUUCACAGGACAAAGUCAUUCGGAUUUGGAAGCUUGUGUUACUCGGUGAUGUUGGCUCAUGGCAAAGAGUGAUCACUCUAGCUUCUUACAUUGAAGGUCCAGUUUUCGUCUCAGGGACGUUUACUUAUCAGAUCUCAGUCGAGUCUGUUCUCAUUGGACAUGAAGAUUGGGUGUACUCCGUGGAGUGGCAACCUCCAGUCACUGGCCACCAGCCGCUGAGCAUUCUAUCUGCUUCAAUGGACAAAUUGAACCUCUGGAAGAGAAGUGCUGCUCAAUCUGUAGCCAUGGCAGAGAUAUGGCUAUGGGAAGUUGGGACAUGUAGGUCGUCUGCAAUCUCACACUUGGAGUUCUCUUAUGACGACUCUCUGCUCUUGUCUGUCUCCAGAGAUCGUCACUUCUCAUCAUCUAAGUCUGUAUAUUUUCUUUGUCAUCUCUAUUUACACAAUGGCGAGGUUAGUCACAAACUCAUGGCAAAGAUUGAAGCACACAAGAGGAUCAUCUGGGCAUGUUCAUGGAACCUAACUGGCCACCAGUUUGCAACUUCAUCAAGAGACAAGACUGUGAAGAUCUGGUCCGUUGAGAAAGACGCACGCAUCAAACAGGUUCUUGCCUUGCCUCAGUUUGGGAGCAGUGUUACUGCCGUGGCUUGGACGGGAUCAGACCACAAGGAUAAGAGCGGCUGCAUGGCGGUUGGGAUGGAGAGUGGACUGAUAGAGCUGUGGAACAUAAAGAUUAAAGAAAUUGAGGACGAAGGUACAACAGCAACUGGUCUUGCUCUUAGGCUGGAACCGGUUAUGUGUCAUGUCUCAGCUGUGAACCGGUUAGCAUGGAGACCAACUGAAAAGUCCGAGACUAACCAGAGCUUGCUAAGGUUAUCUUCUUGUUGGGAUGAUAACUGUAUCAGAGUUUUUGACUUCAAGUUUUGAGUGAUAACUCAAAACACCUGGUAGUGUGUUAAGAUCAUGACCAAAACUCACUUUCUUUCCCUAGUCACUGUACUCUAUUUAUUAAAAGUUUUGGGUGCUAAAAGUUGAAACAUGUAUCUAGAUGAAACUUUUUUUUCCAUUGCAUCAAGUUGUCCGUAUAAGAAAAAUAAGCGAGGACUUCACUGUUCUUAAGCUGUUUCAAGCUCUGGUCAUUUUUGUC